CUAGUCCUUCGUUGGUCAAUGAUGUGACUGUCUCGGUGCUGAUUGGCUGGAUUGUCAGUCUCUACCCGUAACAGAACCAGCGCGAGGACAAGAGAGCCACGUUGGCGGCAGCGGAGUUCUGGCUCGGUUCGCUUCUGUCCGAAGGCUGCUGGAUUAUCAGAGGUGUCAGGGGCCACGUCACCUGGAAGGAUGAGCGUGGGGUUCAUCGGAGCGGGACAGCUGGCGCAUGCGCUGGUGAAGGGCUUCACAGCAGCAGGUGUGAUUGCUGCUCAGAGGAUCACGGCCAGCGCUCCGGACACAGACCUGCCCACCGUUAGCAGUCUCAGGAAAAUGGGAGUGAGUCUGACCACCAGCAACAAAGAGACGGUCAACAAGAGCGACGUGCUGUUCCUGGCUGUGAAGCCUCACAUCAUCCCCUUUGUUCUGGACGAGAUCGGCCCGGACAUCGAGGACCGCCACCUCAUCGUCUCGUGUGCUGCGGGAGUCACCAUCAGCUCCAUAGAGAAGAAGCUGCUUCAGCACCGCCCGGCUCCUCGAGUCAUGAGAUGCAUGACCAACACCCCUGUGGUGGUGAGAGAGGGCGCCACUGUGUACGCCACGGGAACGCAUGCAGAGGUGGAGGACGGGCGGCUGCUGGAGCAGCUGAUGGCAAGCGUUGGUUUCUGCACGGAGGUGGAGGAGGACCUGAUCGACGCUGUCACCGGUCUGAGCGGCAGCGGCCCCGCCUACGCGUUCACGGCACUUGACGCUCUGGCGGACGGAGGCGUGAAGAUGGGUCUGCCCAGGAGGCUCGCCGUCAGACUCGGAGCUCAGGCCUUGCUGGGAGCAGCGAAGAUGCUGCUGGAGUCGGAGCAGCACCCGGGCCAGCUAAAGGACAACGUUUGCUCACCAGGGGGCGCCACCAUCCACGCCCUGCACUUUUUGGAGAGUGGCGGCUUUCGCAGCCUCCUGAUCAACGCGGUGGAGGCGUCAUGCAUCCGGACGCGGGAGCUGCAGUCGCUGGCAGACCAGGAGCGCAUCUCUCCAGCAGCCAUCAAGAAGACCACGCUGGACAAGGUUCUGCAGCAGCCAGGAGUGUCCGUGAGCGGAGUCGCCAACGGCAACGGCAGAUCAGGACUCAGCCUCUUUAACUCUGGGAUCAAGAAGAAGAACUGAGAACAGGAGACGUGCGAGCACAUCACAGUGGGACGUCCACACAGUCAGAGGUCCAGGAACUGACCUGGGACUGAGGUCCAAGACCCCGCCUACUGGUGACAUCACCAACUCACCUGUCUCCUGCUCAGACGUGGUGUGAUGGUCACCAUCCGAGAAGUUUCCCAGCAGCCUCAGUGCUGAAUUGUAAGGUUGUCCCAGUGCAGCGAGGGAUGCUGGGAAAUGCAGCCAUUUGUGUCUGUGGUGGGAAGUUUCAACACUAAAAUGUAUUCUUUUA